AAAAAUAAGUUAAUUCAAACAGACGCUUAGUACCGUAGUUCUUAUAAUGGAACCCUCCUAACUGUAAAAUUUUUAAAAAACAGUAGUAUUAUUUUAGAUUAAUCAAUUUUUAUUUUUUUAAAAAAAGACUAAUUAAUCUUGGUCAAACUCACCUUUCUCUAUAAAAUAAAAUGGAUAGCGAGCUUUAUUCUUCAUCAUUGAUAGAGCUUUUGUUCUCAAAGUCCAAAAAAAAACUUGCACAAGAGAUGGCUGUCAAUCAUGAAGACAACAAACCCGUAGGACACAAAUUAUACAGUGAACUCGCUCACAAAUCUCUUCUUCGGAGUGAUGCACUAUAUAAGUAUGUACUUGAUACCAGUGUGUUUCCAAGAGAGCACCCGUGUUUGAAGGAGCUCCGUGAGAUGACAGAUAAACACCCUCGGAACGUUAUGUCUACACCCGCAGAUGAAGGACAACUUAUAAGCAUGCUUGUUAAGCUCAUCAAUGCAAAGAACACGAUGGAAAUUGGUGUAUAUACUGGUUACUCUCUGCUCUCUACUGCUCUUGCUCUUCCCUCUGAUGGAAAGGUUUUGGCUUUGGACAUCAAUCGCGAAUACUAUGAGUUGGGAUUGCCUAUGAUUGAAAAAGCUGGAGUGGCUCACAAGAUAGACUUUAGAGAAGUAUCUGCUCUAUCUUUUCUUGACCAACUUCUUCAAGAUGAAAAUAAUAAGGAGACAUUUGAUUUUGUUUUUGUGGAUGCUGAUAAGGAUAAUUACUUAAACUAUCAUAAGAGGGUGAUUGAUCUUGUGAAAGUUGGGGGAUUGAUCGGAUACGAUAAUACUUUAUGGACGGGAUCAGUUGCGCUUCCACCUGAUGCACCUAUGUUGGAGUUCAUUAGGGGUUAUCGUGAUUAUGUGAUUGAGCUCAACAAGUAUCUAGCUCAAGAUUCGAGGGUCGAAAUUUGUCAACUCACAGUAGGUGAUGGGAUUACCCUAUGCCGCCGCAUUAGUUGAUACUUCUUUCGUGAUCAUUUGUGUGCUUGGAGAAUUUAAGUCUCUACUAUUUGUAUUUAAAUUUUUAAUGAGGUUAUGGCCGUGUAUGUUUGAAAUAAAUUUUAUAUGUUUUUAGCUUAUAAAAAUAUUAUUUAACUUUAAAAGAAA